GGGCAACGGGCAAACGAAAACGAAGUUUAUUCAGCGUUGGAAACCUUUUCCAUUAUGUUGUGCGUUGCACCACCUUCUGCCCGAGCAACCAGAGUCGUCUAAUGAAAUGGCUAAAUUUGUGUUGGCUGGCAGAACGGACUGCCCAUAUUAUGCCAAAGCAGAACUUUUAGCUGACCGAUUGGCGCGUUCUUUGCCAAAUUUCCGCAUUCACAAGAUCUCGAUCCUCCCAGAUGAAUGGAAGGAUUGGCUACAAGACACUUGCAUGAAAAAUGGCUGGAAACAUGAGGAGUCCCCUCUGGUGUGGAGAGAGUUGGUGCACCAAGGAGGCAAAGGCGUGUUCUUAGGGGGCUUUGAUGACUUUUUAGAGCACUGUCAGAAUUACUACAACAUCACAUCAGACAUGUCUGAAGAAAUGAUGCAGAGUAUUGCAGAAGAAAACCUUGAGACCAAGAUCACCCUGAUUUUGGAGGCGCAUCAUCGUGCCAGUCUCAUCCAACCCCUUCACAUAUGGAUCAGCAGCGCUCUAAACCCAACCUGCAACAUGCUGAUCCCCAGUCUGCUCUCCGCCGAGGUGCUAUCCCAAGCAUCUGCCAUUAGUCUUCACCUCCUGGAUGUGGAAGGCAAUGAGGAGGAACUGGAGUCACUGAAGAUGGAGACGGAAGAUCUGGCUUUGCCUCUACUCCAUCAGGUGACCAUUCACACAGAUCUCAAAGAUGCUUUCCAGAAAGCUGAGAUCAUCCUCCUGUUGGAUGACCACUGGUCCGGAGUCAACGAUGACACGGAUGUGCAGCAACAACAGACGAUAAAAGCGCUGGCAGCCCUGUAUACUGAAUAUGGGCGCUUGAUUGAGGCGAGGGCCAAUGGGGACGUGAAGGUGAUUGUGUCCGGCGGCUCGCUUGUGAACCUCAGAUGCUCACUUCUACUGAAAGCGUGCUCACUUGACAGCCGUCGUUUUGUUGCCGUCGCAACUCAGCUGGAGAAUGAAGCCAGAGCCGCCAUCGCCAACAAGCUCCGAGUGAGGACUUCAGAGGUGACAGAUGUCAUUGUGUGGGGAGAUGUUGGAGACAGCUUCUACAUAGAUCUGCAGAGGGCAAAUGUUUUUAAUUAUGAUGGACCAAUCAAAGGGCCGCCCUUCUUUUCCCAUCCAGUGCUCGAGAUUAUCUACGACAGGGAAUGGCUUGAGGGCGACUUCCAAGACAUCGUGCGUUGUCAGCGGGCAGCCGUGGUCUCAAAGACCUGUCGCGGAGCGGACAUGUCGACUGCCAAUGGGAUCCUCACUCUCCUAAAGGCAUGGAAUGGGACUUUGACUCCCAGUCAGGUGUUCUCUGUGGGAGUCUCGUGCACAGACCAUUACGAACUCCCCGGCGACGUCAUCCUUUCAGUGCCAGUGAUGUUCACAGAUGGCCAGUGGUCGGUUGUGUCGGACGUGACUGUUGGAGAUGAUCUGAAGCAGAAACUUCAUCUUUUUGCAAGUAACCUCAGGAAAAAAAUGGAUACGGAGAACCCCAGUACAGAGGUCAACCAAGAGCCUGAUCAAAACUUUGACAAAUCCAUGGAAAACCAGGCCAAAGAAUAUGCGCUUUAGUGCACAGGUGUCAAAGUCAAGGCUCGGGGGCCAGAUCUGGCCCGCCACAUC